AUGAAUAACAAGGACAACACUACCAAACCCGGAUCUACCACCGGUCAACCCUCGGUGGACUCAUCGAAGAAUGAGGUUGAUAGUUCAGUUCAGCAAUCAGAGGAUAAUCAGAGCUCAAAGGACACGGUGAUUUUCGUCAAGCUCGAUGAAGCUUGGAAUUAUAUCGAUCCGAUCGAUAAUCCACCUCACCUAUUUGGACCUAAGAAGACUACCGUAUGGAGCGCAACGUCAACCAACGGGGAGCAAAAACUCUUCGUACCUUUUAGUAAUGAAGGGUUUAGUGAAGAAGAGCUCACUGAAUUCAGGAAUGACCUAGAAGGUCUGGGAGAUUUUUCAGUUUAUAAUCCUUAG